AUAGCUGUGCUCAGCUCACUGCAGCAUAAAGCUCGGUGCCUUGGAGUAGUAGCUAUCGACCGGGAUCUCACCCUGUCACGGUCACCUACAGCACCGGCCGCUCCGGCUAGCCGGAGUUAGAGCUCAGCCACCAUGCAGCGGGGCUCGUCGGAGCUGGACUACGUGCUGGUGCCGCUGGGCCUGGCGGUGAUGCUGGGCUACCACCUGUGGCUGCUCCUCCGCAUCCGGCGCCGCCCGGAGACCACCGUCAUCGGCAUCAACGCCAUCAACCGCCGCAUCUGGGUGCGCCACAUCAUGGAGGAGCCGUCGGGGAAGCACGCCGUGCUGGCGGUGCAGACGAUGCGCAACAGCAUCAUGGCCUCCACCGUGCUCGCCUCCGUCGCCAUCACGCUCAGCUCCCUCGUCGCCGCGCUCAUGGCCAGCGGCGCCGCCCACGGCCUCUUCUCCGGCCGCCCCGGCGAGGCCGCCAGCUCCGGCCCCACCCUCGUCGUCGGCGCCGCCGGCGAGGCCGCGCUGACCCUCAAGUUCUUCGCGGUGCUCGUCUGCUUCCUCGUCGCCUUCCUCCUCAACGUGCAGUCCAUCCGGUACUACAGCCACACGGGGCUCCUCGUCAACGUCCCGCUCGCCGCGCACCGCCGCCCGGCCAGCGCCGUCGGCUACGUCACGGGGACGCUCAACCGCGGGUUCUACUUCUGGUCCCUCGGCGUCCGCGCGUACUACUUCUCGUGCCCCGUCUUCCUCUGGCUCUUCGGGCCCAUCCCCAUGUGCGCAUCCUGCGUCGCCAUGGUCGCCGCGCUCUACUUCCUCGACGUCUACACAGAGUGGGACAAGGACGACGACGACGACGACGACGACGGCCACGGCCGGGAAAGGAAGACGGGCGCCAGCGGCAGGCUGGUGCCGCUAGAAGGCGUAUGAAAUUCGAGACAACAGAGUCCAGAGGCAUCUUAUUCUUCUUCUCUGCUUUCAGUUCAGACGACAAGAUUUCCCAUGCUUGUCACUCCUGAGGUGCAAGAGAGGAUGAUAUGAAUCCUGGCAAGAAUUAUAAAUAAUGGAUUUCUCAGGGGCAAAACAAGAGGAUUAGGAUUCAAUGUUCGUUGAAUCCAGAUCGUACUGUACUGUAGCAAAUGAAUUUGAUCUUCUUGGUGUCUGUACUAAGGCCUUCUUGAGCCUUGUGCUACCAUCCUAGGAGUCAGUGAUGUCAUCAGUGACGAUACAAAGUCAACUUCAGGUGUCGUGUUUUAUAGCAAAUGGGGUUCUCAACCAUCAGGAUCUGAUGGUAUACGAAUUAAUGUAUAAGUAGAGUAGUAGAAAUUUGAGUCUGCAAUGAAAUGAACAAAGUA